UCCUCUCUCCCCUACCCCUCGCCCCAUCGCCCCGCCGCCGCCGCCGCCGCCGCCACCGGCGACGGCGACCCCGAUGGGCGCCUCCGCCUCCGUCCUAACUCUUCCCGUGGCCGCCUCCUUCCCUGCCGCGGCCACCGCUAUCGCGGGCGCCGCCGGCUGCUUCGUGCUCGGCUACUUCCUCGCCCUCGCCCGCCUCCCCAUCCACGCCGCCGCCGCCCCCGACUCCGGCGACGACGAUUCCGAGGAUGACUCGGACGAAGAUGAUGACGAAAAUUCCCGCCGCGCCCGGCCGGCGAAGCGAGCCGCCGGGCGGAAGCGGUCCGGGCUCAGGCUGCUGUUCUGGUCCCGGAACGUGGUGACCAAGUCCGACUCCGCCAGGGAAGCCGAGAGGGCGCAGGUCCAGACCGCCGCCGCCCCCCUGGAGAUCGAGAACCUCGCCAAGAUAAUAGAGGAUUUCAAGAUGGUUUUGGAGUUUCUUUCUAGCCAACGCUUCUUCCCUUUACUCGGAUUUUGGUAUUUUCAUUUGGGGGAGAGAAUGGGAAAUAACUUGGUUGAUUUUCUUGCUGGUGCAGGUGCUAGUGGUGAGAAACGACCUGAAGAUGGGAAAGGGGAAAAUCGCUGCGCAAUGCAGGUAACACAUUUCAGUAUCAGGAUUGGCUAAGAAUAGAAACUUACUAGAUUGGGAACCGAUGUCGAUGGUUAACACAGAGUGAUGGAAUGGUCAGUGUAUCAUGUUGUUAAGAGUUGAUGUCUUGUUAAGUUUGCCCAUGUUUACUGUUUACAACAGGCGAUAUUGGGCUGGCAUACCUGUUUGACACUUUAGAUUGUUGUUACAGCUGAUCAUGACAUAUUUUUAUGAGCUUCAAAUUGAACAAUGAUUAUGAAAUAGACAAAAUUUCCCUUUCUGUUAAUAUAGAUGUUUUUUCUGGAAUGAAUGCAGUUGCACACAAAUUGUUCAUGCCAAAGCCAUGUGGCAAUCUGUUAUUUUUCUUGCUACUUGUUUUCUAUGAACAUGUCUGCUAAGUGCCAAUGGUGCAUGUCAUGUCCUUUCUUAGAACUAUCCUGCAGCUAUAGUACACAGUUCAUGACUGCAAUUGGCAUUCUUUACAUCUUACUUUUACAUUACAAAAAGUAUUGGGGUGUAGGGGUUCAAGGAAUGGAAGACUAUUUUGGUUUGGUCUGAUGCUCAAACCAGGUAGCCGCCUCACCUAAUUCUUCGCAAUUGCUAUUUGUUUUGAAAACUAGAUGGUAGUAUUUUCCAUAACACUUAAGCCAGCUGGCUUCUUUAUCCAAGACAAGAGGUAUGUUUGCUUUUAGCCUAGCUUUACCCUAGCAUAUAGUUGGCUGGCCAAAAUUUUGGUGGAGUUGCUUGCCCACAAAUUGGCCGACAUUGGCAAGAAAAGUGAACUAGAUUGGUAAAAGAAGUAUUGGCAUGCCAAAAAGUUGGUUGCCAUCCAAAUAUAGACCAAAAUUUUGGUCAUGAUUUUUUAGUAGGGUUGAUUUUGGCCACCAUCCAAACACACCCAAGGUUUCUGAUCACCAGUAUUCAGUCCUCCCAAAAACCGAGGCAAAAAUUUAUCAUGGCUGCAUGAAUGCUUAUUGCGGUAGAACUUUUGCAAUGUCCCGAUGUUGAUCUUUGUACUCAUACCAACCACCCUAUAUAUUUUCCAUCAGAUUUCCUUGAUCAGACAGCAAGGAAACACUGCAUAUCUACUAGCCGCGCCAAAGCUGAGGUACCAGGAUUCCCCUCCCCGCCACCGGCCGCCGGAGAGGCAUGUAGAUGGGAGGCGAAUCCGCGGGCUCAUCGGCGGAGAUCAAGGGGAGGAAGGCUUUGCCCUAGUCACCUUACAAGAGGGGAAAGAAAAGCACGUAUAUGACCGUUACAUUAUCUUGACGGCAUCAACACUUAUCAGGGAGAGCUUGGACAUCAUUGCUCGGGCAAAUGUGUCGUGCAUGCUCUCUUGAGUAGGUGACGAGGGCCUAACUCCCUUGCCUGAUCAGACAAGCAAAACUAUACCCGAUUGGCAGGCCAGUCACCGGUUAUUUCCUCUCCAGCAUUUUGUAGACGGUCCUUGUGUAGAUGCGGCAGCUUAUAGUUGUUUCCUCCUUGAUCUUUCAUCACUUCCACCAUGACUGCUUGCAACGUCAUAAAGCUUUUGAACAGCUUAUGGGGAUCGUAGUUCUCAAACUCCUCCUCUACACCCUGUACCAGUUCCUAUAUAUUCAUAGGCGCUCUGCAGUCGGUUAGGGAUUGGAGGGAGCAGUGGAAACAAAGAUUCAGAACAUUGAGCUCAGGGCUGUUUGGUGGUUGUUGCAAUAAUCGAAUAUCCAGAUCUGUCUGUGCCACGGCUUCUAGAAAACCAGCAUCAUUAGGGAGGACAUGCGGUGUUGCAUUAUCUUGUUGAAUAAAGAUCGUUGUGUCAUCGUCACUGUCCGGCCAUUUGUCUUGAAUGGCAGGGAUUACUUUAUUGAUCAAGUAAUCUCUGCACACAGGUCUAGUAACUUUGACCGGCUUCAACUCUAUUGUCCCCCUAUCUCUAUUCUGGCUUGUUCGUUGUGCCUCGGUCUGUACCACGAACGGCCAAAUGCCAAGUUUCCCAUCAAAUAUCAUGUCCCCAUCUUCAUUGUAGCGAGGUUUGGCUACGGCUGUUAGAAACAUUACCUUCCCAAUGCUAUGAGUAUUAUGCACAGUUCGGUUUGGUUCUUCUUCUCCAGGCAGUACGUAGUAGCUACUCUUCACUCGGGUCAUGUCAUACCAUUUCUCGUCGAUGUGGACCAUAUUUGUCAUUGGCUUGAAACUGGGCCAAGGACUUGAUAUCCAUCUUUCAUCCAUCAUGGAUAGGCAGAACUUUAGUCUCGCUAUCUUGUUCUGUGGCUUGAGGGUGGGUUUGAUGGUGCUUGUGAUGCGUUUCAGCUCUUGCAAUUGAAAUCUGUCAUGUAGGGUUGAUCGGGGCACACCUAAACACCUUGCUAGAGACCGGAUUGUUCUUCUUUUGUUCAAGGGGAUUGUGGCUGUUCUCGACAGAUCUAGUUCUUUUCUCUUCCUACCACUUUUGUUCUUCUUGCAUGAAACAUCAACUUCUUGGCCUGCCGCAAGUUGUCGUUUGGCUAGAUUCCAUAUUCUUGUAACUGUUCGCAGGUGAACAUUCAGCAUCGUCGCAAUGAGCACCUUGUCAUACACGUGAACCUGUCCAUCUCUAAGCUCGAUUACUCGCAGAGCAAAGUAAAAACCAUGUCUCUGCUUGUCUGUCAAGUCCUUGCCUCUUGGAUUGACAUGUGCAUCAGCUUCUUCCAAUUCUGCAUCUUCUUGUGCCUCUUGAGCUUCUUCCAAUUCUGCAUCUCCUUGUGACUCUUGAGCUUCUUCCAAUUCUGCAUCUCCUUGUGCCUCUUGAGCUUCUUCCAAUUCUGCAUCUCCUUGUGCCUCUUGAGCUUCUUCCGGCAUCAAGUUCAAAUCAAUAGCAUCACCCUGUUGAGCUUGUUCUUCUUGUUGAGCUUUGUCCUCAUCUUCCGGCAUCAAGUUCAAAUCAAUAGCAUCACCCUGCUGAGCUUGUUCUUCUUCUUGAGCUUCGUCCUCCUCUUCCGGCAUCAAAUUCAAAUCCAUAGUUGUGUGCUCCUAUCUGAUCUCAUAACAAGAGUAUACAAAAGAUGAAUGGUGAGCAUAUAAUCAUAACAAGAAAACCAUGAAGAAUCCUAGACAAAAAGCAAAGAAACCAAGAAAGAGAAAAGUAGAUAUUAAAAGUACUCCUUGUUCAUAAGCAACUACAGGUCCUACUACAUCUCUCUUUUUUGCAGGGACCAGGGCAGGAAUUAAAAAGCAAACAAAAGCAGGGGCCAUGAGUACAUCUCAACUUUUACUGUAUUUCUUGUUGACAACUAGUGCAGAGCAAGCAAGCAAGGCACUGGAGAUGAACAAAUUACAGAACCCUGUACUUGUUCUCACCAGCAGCAGCACGAGUAGGGGACCUCAAGCGGCAGCACACGAGAAGGGGAUCUCCGGGCGGCAGCACGAGCAGGGGAGGAGCAGCAAGUUGCGGAGAAGCAGCAGAAGGGGCUCCAGCUUGAGGUCCAGGAUCGCAAAAGAGCUUGAGGAUGAGCUUGAGGGAGCUCGUGGUCUAGGCGCGGCGGGAGCUCGUGGUCCAGGCGCUCGAGACCUAGGCGCGCGCGGGUCCUGGCCGGCGGCGGCGCAGGCCCUGCGAGGAAGGAGGGGAUAUCGUCGACGCAGGUCCUGGGCGGCGGAGGAGCACGUCUUGUGCGGUGACGGAGCAAGCAGGGCGGCGCAGGUCCUUGGCGGCGGAGGAGCAAGCAGGGCGGCGCGGGUCCUGGGCCGCGGAGGAGCACGUCCUGUGCGGCAACGGAGCAAGCAGGGCGGCGCGGGUCCUGGGUCGCGGAGGAGCACGUCCAGUGCGGCGGCGGAGCAAGCAAUUGGGCGGCGCAGGUCUUGGGCUGACGACUGGCCCUGGCGACGCGCGCCGGCGACGGGCGGAGGAAGAAGGAAGAAGACGCGACCUAUAUGGUGACCUGUUUGUAACAAAUUUGAAGUUAUAAGGGUGUUUUUGAAAAA